UUUCAAAAAAAUACGCAAUCAGCAAUUUGCGUGUAACGUUUAAUUGGUUUAUAUAUGUGCUUUUCAUCUGUUUAAGAUUUCUUCCUCUAUGUAUUGACCUUGUGUAUUGACUUGGAAAAACUUGUAGAUUAGUUCACACGCCGUAAACAGAAAUCAUUUUUAGAACUAUUUUAUGUAGGUUAAGAAUAUUAAUAAAAGAUAGCACGUAGAUUUGGAUUGAGUAUGGUUGCGAUAACAUGUUUGUAUAUUUUCGGCAUCGCUGUGGCAAUUCUUGCUGUCAUAGCACACAUUAUUGGGCUCUGGAUUCUCUUUUCCAUCAAGGCUGGUCACACUAACCAGAAUAUAAUCAUGAAGAACUUUUCGGUAUUUUCUCUCAUCUCGUGUGCGAUGCUUUUGUUUCGAGGAAUUUAUGUAUACGUGCACCACAAGGAGCAGUUGAAGACAGCGCAACUUUACGAAGUUACGAACGGCAUGUUUUUAAGUGCGGGAGUAUGUUACGUGAUUUUACUGUUUUUUCUCAGUAUCGACAGACUUAUUGCGAUCCUUCACCCGUUAAAAUAUCGAGCUUUAUACUCCCCUGCCACCUGUCAUCGGUGUAUGCUCGCAACGUGGAUAUUAUGCUUGGUAAUUUUGGUGAUAUUCACAGCUAUACAGAAUCGACAGGUUCAAAUUUACGGCUAUUACGCGACGACGUGCUUCGUUUCAAUAUUACUUAUAUUUAUCGCCAUCACUUACGGCAAAAUAUUUCAGAGCAUACGCAGAAGUAACGUCAAGGUUGCUUCGGAGAAAACAUACAAACGAAAAAGCAAACAGGUCGUGGUGCCGUUCGUCAUUGUUGUCGUUAUGAUGGUGUUUUACGUCGUGCCUAGUUUGGUGUUGUUGUUGUUUCACAGGAAACUGUCGUAUUUAAUACUAGCCGGCACUACUUUGUUAACGACGUCGUUGGGCAUUCUGUUGGAUGGAGUUGUGUACGUGCUGUUUCCUGUUAAGACGAGGAACUACUUGUGCUACAAAUUGAAUCGAUGCAUGGACCUUUUUCACAUUCCAUAAGUAAUGCUAAUCUAUUAAGACGAAUCACUGAAAAUAAAUUGAAUUUUUAAGCAAGAACAUCAGAUAAAGUAUCUAUAUUUUUAUUUUAAUUUUAAGCAAAGUGUAAAAAUAUAAUAUAUAAUAUCACCUUCUUCUUCCAUCACGCUCCCCCCUCUCUUUAUCACACCCCUCUUACUACCUUUCCACGAACUUGUUUUAGGCAACGUUUGUUUAUAAAGGUGACCUGAACGCGUUGGAAUUAACCUGCGCGGCAUAUUUGAAAGCGAUGACGAGGUCCAUUUGCUUUGACUUUAAUUUAUUUUAACAAAAAUUAUUUCCAUCAAAAUUCAGUUGUUGUUUUUUUUCCUAAAUGCAAAACAGAAAGAUUUGUCGUUAUGUUAACCAAAACUGUUAAAUAAUGUUUGCUUUAAUUAUUUAAACUUCUUUUAUGUAACAAACUUUCACAGCUUGGUUCUGUAUUUUAUUUUAUUUUUAAGACAAUAUACGUCAUGUUGUCACAUUAGGUGUUUUUUUAUCAAUCUAUCAACAUACCGACAUACCGGUGAUACAAAUGCUAGCUGGCAAAACUAUCGAUAAACGCUUUUUCGGCCAUCAGACAUAUUUCGUUUAAGUUGAUUAAUUUUUGCGAAGACUUUUUUGCAAAAAAUAAACUUUCGCGAAGAACUUCUUCAAGAAAAAUAUUUUUUACGAAAUUAGCAAGUCCUAAUAUUUCGCGAGAAUUAAAUUUCGCUGGUGAUUUUUCUCUCUAAUUUAUACCGUUUUUUAAGAGCUUUAUAAAAUUCAAACUGCCGGAAGUUAACUUAACUAUUGGAUACAAUGAUUAGAAAUUCAAAAGAAAGAAAAUAGUAGCUAUGAACUAUAAAAAACUUUAAAUUUCGCGAGAAUUAAUUUUCGCGAAUAGCGAGUUUGCUAAUAAUUUUGCCGAAAAUAAUUCUCGCGAAAAUAACAAAAAAUCAGCAAAUCUUAAUUUUCGUGAUAAAUAAUUCCCGCAAAAAUGAAUUCCCUUAUAAGAAAACUUGACAAGUAUGUACCUGAAUGUAAAUCUCUGCCUGCAGAGUACACCUGUAUUAUGCUCAGGUGGUAAGAUUUGUAAUACUUUGAGAAGGUGAAUCACACGCCCGCCGCUGGUCAUAAUAAUAAAAAAAAACCUCGCCUCUGAAAGAUAGUUGUCUUUGUCCGGAGGACUUUUUUGUAGGUAGGAAAUUGGUGAUUGGAUACGUCGAUUGGGCGAACGACAAUUUUUGUGUAUAAAUUAACUAUUAAGUAAAGUCUUGUUCUUACCUCUUUUACUCGACAUAUGUAGAUACAAAAAUUGGAUUUUUUACCGUAAAAGGCUGAAUAAACCCCUAACACCAUUGCUUAAUUUUUUAGGUGUAUAACGGCAGGGUGGGAACAAAUAGAAGGCAGCGUGCGUUAGAAAUUAAAAAUAGGAUCAGAAGUAAAAACAAAAUUAAAAAAUUGGGUAUCUGCGUACCAGUGUUUUUGUGUUUUCACACCUUUUUAAUCAGCACGGCCAAGAAAAUGAUAUUUUAAAACUAGAACCUUGUUCGAACAAAUGCACAUGUUGGAAAAUUAUGCCCUGCGUAUCUUUAAACUGCAGCCGCAAGUCGAAAGAAAAACGUCAAAAGAAGUUAUAAUUUAAAAUGAUUAUUUUAGCUAAAUAUAUAAAAAAAUCACAUUAAAUAAAAACUGUUUUAAUUAUUAGUUAUACAUUUAACACGGAAUUAUAUACACUACUAUCCAUGCAAUGUAAUGUUUUUGUACAAUUUGUUGUAGUAGCUAGUGUACAAUGAUGUACAAUUAUAUACAAGAAGGAUAUAAAUAGUUUACACUUUAGUUUCGAUAAUUCUUAAAUGUACAGAAAACAAAAGAUAUUCGUUUCUUUUGUAAUUGGUUUAAUAGGAAGCUGCUAGUUUCAAAUCAAAUUGAUUUGACCUAAAAGAAAAAAAACAUGUGACAUCAGAUGUCACAAUAUAUUAUACAUCGUGAUUUUAUUUGCACAAAAUCUUGUACGAGAAUAUACAAUUUCGUACAGUUAAUUGUAUACAAUAUAUUGUAGCAGUGGAAACUAUCCUUAAGAAGGAUAUGGCAUCAUUUAACUAAGAUAAACAAAUAAUAAAGAAUUAUAUUUCACUUCUGAAGGCUGUUUCCGUUUGACUAAAUUUUUCGCUUUGCAAAAACUCAUAAGUAUUUUUUUAGCGCAUGCUCGCGUUGACAAAAUUUUAGAUUUGUGUAGUGUACAUGCGGUAAGACAAAUGCUCCUGAGCGUAUGCGAUAUAGCGAAAAAUACAGUCAAAUAAAAAGACCCUAAAAGUGUCAUUAACCUUUUUUUAUCUGUAAGAAGAGUUGCAUUAUUUAUAUAUAUAUAUAUAUAUUUUUUAGUCAGUAAUCCGUGGAUAAAUCCACAGGUUCGUCGUCCUUUAUUAACCGUAUUUCGUGUGUCUGGCUACUGCGGUUACCAUUUUGCAUGACAGACAUUUUACGUUUAUUAUGAUAUAGAUUAUAUGUUAGGUAUUAACAUGCACAAGGAUGAGGUUUUUCUAUCAUUUAACGUAUGAUUUUAUCCAUAUUGUUUAUAUUUUACACAUUUAACCUGCGCACAUGUCUAAAAUACUAAAUAAUUCUAGCAGUACGUUCCUACGCCAUUGAGCUCACUCUGCUCGAAUAUUUUCUGUACGUUCGUUGUAUCAUGGACUUUAAUUCUCCUUGAUAUAAUAUAUACAUGAUGCCAUCCAACAUUACUCCAAUAGUUAGAACCGGCACGUAAAUACCAUUGAGGUAGUAUGCUUUUAAUUUGCAAACAAUAAAAAUGUACACAGUGCUCGGUGCAAUGUAAAAUAUCGUGUAAACGAGGAUGAUUAAUAAUGGUACCCUCAAUGUGUGUUUUACUUCGCUUGACCAUCUGGUGUUCCUUCCCUUUAAACAGGAGAACAUCUUUAUGUAAGAAACCACUACAAAGAAAUAGGUCAACAUAAGUACGGCAAUAAGCAUCAUUCCUGCAACCAUACUCUUCCACUGCGUGUAUGUUGACAGCGUUGCGAUCAGUACCAGUACACUGCACAACCAGGAGAGGUAUAUAGUGUUGCAGCAUUUUCGUGUGGUGUAAAAACAAUGGUACGUCAGCGGCCUGGUAACUGCUAUUAACCUAUCAACGGUUUGAAUAACGAUGGUGAGGAUAUAUUCCAGUUGAAUUGAUAUGAUAGCCGUAUUAGUUCGGUUGUAGUGUAUUGGUAGUUUCCUAUCAGGUUCAUUGCGCGCUGUGAUUGGUAUCUGAUAGGUGUAAACGGUGCGGGGCAGUUGGAUCAAGCAGAAAGUGAUUGACACUACCGAUAGGUUUAAUAGAAUGAGGUGUUGAUUUUUCCAAUGCCGUCGUGUUUUUACGAUGGUGUAAAUGCCAGUCAGAUGAACCAAGAUGGUGUUUGCGUGAAGAAAGAAAGCUAUAGUAUAUAAGAUGUUAUAUAUCAUUUUAAUUUCAAU